CCAACAUAUCCAUUCUGAUCUCUGGGAGAAGGGGACGCUCUCCUGCUGCUCCUCCUCACGCACUCCCUCACUCACUCACUCCCUGACUGGCUGGCUCGCUCAGUCCCUGGCUUCACCUUUCUCCACUGCGUGCAGGUAGCUGCGGGCUCUUUGUUUGUCGUUUGUUAUUGUUUUACUGCACGAUGUGAAGAUAACAUGCGAUUCCGAUGGAGUUCUACCUGGAAAUCGACCCUGUGACUUUGAACCUGAUCAUCCUGGUUGCCAGCUAUGUCAUCCUGCUGCUGGUAUUCCUGGUGUCCUGCGUCCUGUACGACUGCAGGGGGAAGGACCCCAGCAAGGAGUAUGACUCUGAGCCAGCCCUAGCCACCCAGUCCCCUAUCAGGCUGGUGGUGAUGCAGAGCUCCCCUGCCACAGCCCGCUUUGGAGAGAAGGUCGCCAGCACGUACGAGGCCCCCACCGACCUCACAGAGAAGAGAAGUACUUUGGUCUAA